AUGGCUCCCUCAAUCAGUGACUUCCCUCACAGUGUGGCCUCUACCCAGCCUUCUGUUUGUAAGGUCGGCAUCAACGGGUUCGGCCGUAUAGGUCGGAACGUCUUACGUGCCUCCCUUAACAGAACAGACCUCCAAAUUGUCGCCAUCAAUCACACAUGUAAUACCGUGCAAGACCUCAUCUACCUCAUCCGCUAUGACUCCUGCAUGGGCAAACUAUCAGACGACAUCUCUAUCCACGCCCUCUCAGACACCCUAAUCACCAUCAACGGUCGCCAGAUCGUCCUCACCUCCGAACGUGACCUCCAAAAACUCAACUGGAGUGCUGUCGGUGUUGACUAUGUUGUCGAAUGCACCGGCAAGUUCACAAAACGUGAUCUAGCCCUGCAGCACGUUACCUACGGCCACGCCAAGCGGGUCGUCAUUUCCGCCCCCAGCUCCGACUCCCCAACAUAUGUAUAUGGGGUCAACUCAGAUAACUACAGGGCCGAUGAAGACCGACGAGUGGUUUCUUGUGCGAGUUGUACCACAAACUGCGUUACCCCGGUGUUGAAGGUGCUACACCAGCAAUUCGGAAUCGUGCAGGGACUCCUGACUACGGUUCAUGCGGCGACCCAAUCUCAGCAGGUUCUGGAUGGGUAUAGCAAGAAGAACCGUCGCCUGGGCCGCAGUGUCUUCGAUAACAUCAUCCCCACUACUACCGGUGCCGCAAAGGCCAUUGCUACUGUCCUGCCCGAACUGACAGGCAAGGUAACUGGAGUGUCGAUCCGUGUACCAGCUCCCAACGUCUCCAUGAUCGACUUGACCGUAACCACAGAACAGCCCACAUCAUUGGCUGAGAUAAUGGCCGCCUUCCGCCGCGCAGCCAAGACUAGUCUUGCGGGAGUCCUCUAUGUCAGUGACGAGGAGCUUGUCAGUAGCGACUAUAAGGGAAACCCAAACAGUGCCGUUGUGGACGCCCCUGCUUGUACAGAGUUGAAUCCUCAGUUCUUCAAGAUCAUGGCGUGGUAUGAUAACGAAUGGGGAUAUUCGAACCGACUCUUGGAUUUGACUGCACAUGUGGCCUUGCAGGAACAAUAG